GCAGGUUCUGCUGUGUGUUUUUUGUUUUUAUUUUUUUUAGUGGUGCUCUGGAAUACCACUGAGAACACUAGCAAGGAGAAAGUUAUUUUUAUAUAUUUUAAAUGACAAUGCAAGUAUUCUUGCUUCCCAUGACUCAACAAAAAAAAUCCUUAUUUCCAACAAGGACUGAGUCAUUCUCAGAAGAGAGCUAUUGCAGUUGAAGCUCACUUCUGCAAAUAUACAUGCAAACUGGCUUGAAAUGGGCCAUUUUUUGCAUAAUAACUGACUUUCCUCAUCUUGUAGGGAAUGAAUCAGGCCAAAGCAUUCUUACUGAAGACUUGCAGUAGGCUUUAGGCAUGGACUUUGAGGAUUACAGAAAUAUUUUUUAAGCUAGUUCUUUAAGCAUGAUGACAUGAAGAUGAAUUCUUCCCUUCCCCUUUUCCCCUAUUCAGUCAACAGCCAAAAUUAACAAUGCAAGACAGCUCUUCUUCCAAGACCUAGGUUAAUAGCUCCUAAAGAAUAUAUCUAAGGAAGCCUUAAUGUUUUUGUUCAUUUGAAUUAGCCAAAACCAGAUUGCCUAACAAAUGUGUUUGAUUGUUCAGAGUCAUAGUGUGAUGCUGUCCUGCUUGAUGCUGUGUGAUAGCUUGCUUGAUAGUGCUGUAUCAAGCAAGUUCUCUGCUCACAGAUGAAGCAGCUGAUCCAACCUGCAUGAAUUUUAAGACCUAGUUCAGUCUCUAAAACAGAAACUACUUUAAAGUACAUGAGCACUUUAGUUGUGAAUAGACCUGUCUGCAUUGGUCUACUAGAAUUUUUUUCUCCUGCAUCUUCAAGAAAAUGAGCAUGUAUGAUUAGAUGUCACUAACCUCCAUUUUUCAUAGAGAGGUUUGGAAAAGCAAACAAGAGACUACAUUUUGGAUCAAGAGUUCAGAAUCAGCAAGAAAUAGUUGAAUACUCUCAUCCUACUUCCUUAGCUUGAACUGACUGGCAGUCGAUUUUAAUUUAGGCUGUGUUACUUAAAGCUGUGCAAAGAGCAGGCCAUGAAUAAUUAAGAUGGCAAAUGAAACAAAAAUGCAUUCUUAAGAGGCACCUUCCCUACUGUAGCAGGCAAUAUAACUUGCUGUCUCUGCUCGUUUCAGAAUGAUACAGAUCUUGGAUCCGAGACCCCUGCCAAGCCCAAUUAUGCCUGUGGAUGUGGCCAUGAGAAUUUGCUUAGCCCAUUCACCACCGCUGAAGAGCUUCCUCAGCCCCCUUGAGGACUGUCAAAGAAACAACUUUGUUAACAGAUUCAAACCUCUCCGCCCAUGCCUCAAUGUGAAGCGUGACUCUGAAGCGCAAAAGAGCGACUGGAACCGCCCAUCCGCCCGAGCCAAGAAGCGAGUUGUGUUUGCAGACUCGAAGGGACUGUCCUUGACAGCCAUACACACCUUCUCCGAGUUUCAGGAGCACCCUGUGUGGGACCUGCAGUUUGACUUACUAGGCCUUGAAAACAUCACAUCUGGCUUAAAGCUACAUGAAGAGAAAAACUUGAUUCUGGGUUUCCCUCGGCCCUCAGCUGACUACCUGGACUUCCGGAGCCGCCUUCAGAAGAACUUUGUUUGUCUGGAGAGCUGCGCCCUCCAAGAGAAGGUACUGUCAGGGACAGUCAAAGUAAAAAAUGUAAGUUUUGAGAAAAAGGUUCAGGUUCGAAUUACCUUUGAUACCUGGAAGACUUACACGGACGUUGAGUGUGUAUACAUGAACAACGUUUACGGCGAUUCUGACAAUGACACCUUUUCAUUUACCAUUGACUUGCCUCCUACCAUUUCUGCUCAAGAGAAGAUUGAGUUUUGCAUUUCUUAUCAAAGCAGAGAACAUAUCUUCUGGGACAAUAACGAGGGUCAGAAUUACAAGAUUCUCCAUGCAGAGUGGAAACCUGAUGGUGUUCAAAUACCAUCCGCCAGGAAAGAUUGUAUAGAUCUUCAGGCUCCAAGGAAAGCACAAGAGAAAGAACCUGAUCAGUUAGGCAGUCCAAGGAUGUCCAGUGGUUUCUUUCCCCAGUGGCAGAGCCUGGGAGGGAUUGAAAAUUCAUCACCAUAUUGGUGAGAGAGGCUAGCUAGGAAGUAUUCUUCCAUUUGGCAACAGAACACAGUGUUAGUUUCCUGGUUCAUGUACAAUAUAACAAAACCAUCUGGCAGGCUUUGACCGUCUGUACAAAUCCAAGUUCACUAGUAUGUGGGACUUAUUAAACAUACUACAUUACUAAAGUUCUUAGCCAAAACUUAUCCUUGGAAAGAAAGGAAAGCAAGAUAAAGCCCAUGUGUCUGCCACCUACUGUAGAAAUAGCAUGCUUGUAUCUUAAAUAUAUGCUGCUUGCUUUCUGCUAUUAGUUUUCCUCAGUCAUUAGACAAGAGUGUGAGGAAGUAUAAGAGGUGAUGGCAUCUUUGCAAGCUGGAGUAGCUGUGCGUGUGCAGGAGGGUAUGUGAACAGAACGCCACAAUUUGCUUUGUGGUUGGUAGGAGCGUAGUAGAGAUGAGGUGACGCUGUCAGGAUGGUGGCUUGCUGCAGACCUUCUACAUGCUUGUAGUAGAGGCAGGUAGGAGCGCAUGGCAAGGGGUUGUGGCUUCAGUACAGGUUAAAAAACUCGGAGAGGAUAAUGGAAAAGUGUGAGAAGGGGAAGAGGAAAGGUGUGCAGAGAUGCACAACUUAUUUAUCUUUCCAAAGCUGGUCUUAAAGUAUCAGAAAACUCUAUCAUAUAAAAAUGAGAAUACAGAAAAUAAUGUAAAAUAAAUGGAAGUAAGUGGUGAAAAUGACUGCUGCUUUGGGAAGACAUCUGUGUCUACAUCUGCCUUGUGAAUAAUAAGUAUCUUGCACUGGAGAACAAGUCUAACCUUGGCUUUUACCUCCAUCAUCCUACUCACUUAACAGGCAGAGAGUUACCUUCUAAUGUUAAAAGAAGAAUGUGCCUUUGAAAAAAUUAAAAAAAAAACCUAGAUACCAAAAGUAAUAGCUGGAGCCAUGGCUAGUCUACAAAGUAGACCAACUGAUUUGUAAACAUCCUAGUCUGUAGUAGCAUUACAUGAUUUGACUGCUUGCCUGAUCAUAUCUUAAAGUUAUCACUAACUUUGCAAUAGGGAGCAGGACAGUCAACCAUCUGACACUGUGAAACUGUAACAGAGGCAAGGUCCUUCAUAUUGAAGACAGUGAAUUAACUAUACUUGGUAACAGCUAAUUUCUUUAAAAGAGCAGGGUUGCUGUUAGUUUUUUUUUCUAGAAAGAACAUAGGCUUGCACAUAAAUAGAAAACUGCUCUAUUUUAUCAUACCUCAUUUUUUAAGUUGAAAUUUUUUGGAUUUUUUUAGACUUUGGUAAACUAAUGUAUAUUUUGUAUUUGUAUGCUUAUAGUUUAGCUUUCUGAGUUAUAAAACUGUAAAGAUCUGUUUGUUGUAUUGGGCAGUUUCCCCACAUGAGUUUUACAUACUCAGUAGGUGUGAAUACUGGCAUACCUUCACUUAGCUCUACAGAGAUGGUGUUAACAUCAAAACACAAGCCACGUUUUUGCCCAUUGCUUGAAAAGUAUAAUAUCCUGAGUCUGAAACUACUUGCAAUGCAAUGACAAGAUAAAACAUGAAGGUAAAAUGCCUCUUACACUAAUUGCACUUUCCUAUGUAACCCCUGCUGUUCUGUGUAAACUAGGCAUUUUAAGAAUAAAUUGUAUUUUGAUACA